GUUUAUUUCAUUGACAAAAACGGCUUUUCGCUCUGGAUUCUCGACCGUUAAGCCAACGGAAAUUGUUAGUAGUUUAACAAGUGCGGCAGAGAUGAAAGUUGAGUGUUGACCUCGCAGAAUUUUGGCAACUAACGCACACAGACGCAGAUGCCUUGUGAAAGCAGCGAAGAAGAGGAAGAUUGGAGACCGAGUCGUAUUUUGGCUAAAUUUAAAAGUCGCUCGCUAGCAAGAUGCUAAAUUUAGGCAAUGCCAAAGUGGCCGAUCUGGAGGAGUUCCCGUCACCACCCCCCUUUUCCAAGGACGAAAGCUUCCAGCUGUUGGAGAGGAGUGCCCCGGCAUCCGUAGUUCCCUUGGAACCCCCUUUCACCACCCCCCUCGCCCCCUUCGACAUGGAGCUAAUGAAACGGCACAAUCUCCACGAGCGGCUAAAGGGAAAGGAGAAUUUCUGGGGGGGAAGGGGAUCCCAGAGAUUCGUGGAUCAGGAGAAAAUAUCAUCAUCGCGUGAAUCACUUAACAUCGCCAGAUACGUGGAAAGUGAGGCCUCCACGCUCCAACUGCCAGACGCUGACGAGUCCCGGGCCAAUGGCAAAAAGCCCACUGGGGACAGGACCAACCCAUCGAAUCCAGCCUCGCCCCUCCUGCCAAUGACUGAUCCCGACUUGCCGGGCAAUGAAGGCGGCGUCCACGAUGAUCGCAAGUGCAGCUGUCCCAAGGAGUUCUACCAGCGGGACAAGAUCAACGCCUCGCUGUUCUUCAAGGACUGCAUUCGGUCCAUUGACUUUGUGCUGGCCUACAGAAUCAGUGCCCAUGAGCCCACGGAGAUGGAAAACUCUAAUAAACGGAGCGUUUUCGAGGCGAAUCUCAUAAGCCAGGGACUGGAGAUCGAGACCAGCCAGAAGGAUCAAAUCUGGUUCGUUAAGAUCCAUGCUCCUCUGGAGGUCCUGCGCCGGUAUGCCGAAAUAUUAAAGCUGCGUAUGCCUAUGAAAGAGUCUUAUUGCAAUUUGCUCAUAUUUGAAAGAUCGAAUCGUCUACGAAAUGCGGCUCAAUACCUGACCAAUAAGAUACCAGGCAUGUCCGUGGUUAAUCGCUCGACCAAAAGCGUGUUUUUUAGUCUCAAAACGGUUUUCCAAUUCUUCCUGCGAAACAUCUAUGUGGAUGAAAAUAUUUUUCCGAAAAGAGCGCAUAGAUUUACCGCCAUUUACAGUCGCGAUAAGGAGUACCUCUUUGACAUCCGACAAGAUUGUUUCUUUACUACCGCCGUCCGUUCCCGCAUCGUAGAGUUCAUCCUGGAUCGCCAGAGAUUUCCGGACAAGAAUCAACACGCCUUUGGUAUUGAGCGACUGAUUGCUGAUAGCGUCUACUCUGCUGCCUAUCCAUUACAUGAUGGUGAAAUAACAGAGACGGGUACCAUGCGAGCUCUGCUCUACAAACAUUGGGCGUCUCUUUACAAAUGGUAUCGCUAUCAACCAUUCGAUGACAUCAAGGAAUAUUUUGGUGUUAAAAUUGGUUUGUACUUUGCCUGGCUAGGCUACUAUACCUACAUGUUGCUGCUGGCCUCAAUAGUGGGUGUAAUUUGUUUCCUAUACUCCUGGUUCUCCCUAAAGAACUACGUGCCUGUGAAAGAUAUUUGCCAGAGUGAUAAUACUAAUAUAACAAUGUGUCCCCUUUGCGAUUGGUGCAAUUUUUGGGACCUAAAAGAGACCUGCAACUAUGCCAAAGUCACGUACCUUAUUGACAAUCCCAGUACAGUGUUCUUCGCCGUUUUUAUGUCCUUUUGGGCAACCCUGUUCCUCGAGUUGUGGAAGCGCUACUCCGCCGAGAUAACACAUCGUUGGGAUCUGACGGGAUUCGAUGUGCAUGAAGAGCACCCAAGGCCGCAGUACUUGGCCCGUUUGGAACACAUACCUCCAACGAGAGUGGAUUAUGUUACCAAUAUAAAAGAGCCAACGGUUCCUUUUUGGCGCAUGAAGCUCCCAGCCACUGUAUUCAGCUUUUCAGUGGUGCUGCUGCUCAUUGCCUUGGCAUUUGUGGCUCUCCUGGCCGUGGUUGUGUAUCGAAUGUCCAUGCUGGCAGCUCUUAAAGUGGGUGCUAGUCCUUUGACCACCUCGAGUGCCAUUGUCCUCGCCACUGCAUCGGCAGCCUUUGUUAAUUUGUGCCUGCUCUACAUACUUAAUUUUGUGUACAAUAAAUUGGCUGAGUACCUAACUGAGUUAGAAAUGUGGCGCACCCAAACCCAAUUUGAUGACUCCCUGACUCUUAAGAUUUAUCUACUACAGUUUGUCAACUACUAUGCCUCAAUUUUUUACAUAGCUUUCUUUAAGGGUAAAUUCGUGGGUCAUCCGGGGCAGUAUAACAAAAUAUUUGACUAUCGCCAGGAGGAGUGCUCUUCAGGCGGCUGUUUAACGGAGCUGUGCAUCCAAUUAGCCAUUAUAAUGGUGGGAAAACAGGCUUUCAACACUAUUCUUGAGGUGUAUCUGCCCAUGUUCUGGCGAAGAGUCUUAGCCAUCCAGGUUGGCCUGUCGCGACUUUUUAACAACACCCCGAGUCCUGAUAAGACGAAAGACGAACGCUGGAUGCGAGAUUUCAAGCUACUAGAUUGGGGUGCUCGAGGCCUGUUUCCCGAGUACUUGGAGAUGGUCUUGCAGUACGGCUUUGUGACCAUUUUCGUGGCCGCUUUUCCGCUGGCCCCGUUCUUUGCCCUGCUCAAUAAUAUCCUGGAAAUGCGUUUGGAUGCCAAGAAACUACUAACUCACCAUAAGCGUCCGGUUUCGCAGCGAGUUCGAGAUAUUGGAGUGUGGUAUCGAAUUCUGGACUGCAUUGGCAAGCUCAGCGUAAUCACAAAUGGAUUCAUCAUUGCCUUUACCUCUGACAUGAUCCCGCGUUUGGUGUAUCGCCAUUAUGUCAAUAAGAAUGGUACUCUAGAUGGAUAUCUCAAUUUCACCCUAUCAGAGUUCAGAGUCGCUGAUUCACCCACCUUAAACAGCUUAGCUGGCGAUCUCUCAAACAUAACAUCAUGCAAAUACACUGACUUUCGAUUACCACCAUCAUCACCGGAAAAAUAUACUUUGAGCAGCAUGUUUUAUAUAAUUUUGGCUUGCCGGUUGGGUUUCGUUGUGGUUUUCGAAAACUUUGUGGCACUGGUGAUGAUACUGGUGCGUUGGUGCAUUCCGGACAUGAGUGUCGAGCUGCGGGAUCAAAUCCGACGCGAAGUCUAUGUGACCAAUGAGAUUAUCAUCGAUCAGGAGGCUCACCGAGCUCGUUCCGAGCGUGCCAAGCGAACAAGUUCGGUACUUCAGACGCCAGUUGACCAAGACAUGGAUGCUGCCUUAAUUCAAGAGCCAAAUACCAAGUUUAUUAACCUUGAAAAGCUGCUCACUGAAAAUCUCACUCAGAUAGAAAUGGAUGUCAUUAUACACGGCGAAAAUCCCAUCACCGGCAUCUCCGGUGCAGAUUGUUUAGAAGAGGUGCACAAAAAUCUCAGUGAUUAAUAUUGUGUUAUGAAUGUUCCUUUCAGUCACUUAAUUAGGCCUUAGCUUUGACUUUUAUUGAAAUUUAAAUAUUUUUGCAAUCGAUUUGCAAUUUGGUUACAAGCUUUACUCAUGCUUUAUUUGUUUUUAAAAGCAACGUAAUUGUUUUUCUAGCUGAUCCUUUUCUAUGACAUGCAUUACAAAUGACUUAUUAGUGACUCAUACAGAGCGUAUAUAUGUAUAUUAAUGCUGCCCAAGUGAGUGCCAAUCUAAAAACGAGCACAAUUAGCAUAUUUAAAAAAAAUAUUCAAUAUCAUAAACUGUAAAAAGUAAUCUCUUUAGGGAUAACUCCCACUCAUGUAAAAAAUUCUCAGGCUCUCAUAUGACUUGUACAUGAACAUUUAUUUUAGAUAGCAUACAAUUUAUAUAUGUAUUUAUUGCAUUCAUUGACUUGUACAUUGUUGUUAAUAUACUGAAAUGUCUAUUUAAUGUUGAUUAUAUAAAUAAACAAAUAGUCAAAUAUUGGUGUACAUAAA